AUGAAUUCUUCUAACACUUUUGUUCAUGUCGAUCUCUCCAGAAACAAUCCCAACUCUUCAAUCUUUCAAUGGUUGUCCGGUACUCAUACCAACCUUGUUGAUCUUGAUCUAUCUCGGAACAAUUUCAAUGGUUCCUUAAUUCCUGAUGAUUUCAGAAACAUGAGCUCUCUUGCAUAUCUUACUCUCUCUGUUAGCAGACUUACAGGAGGGAUCCCAAAUUCGUUUGCCAAGUUAUGUAGGUUGCGAGAGUUGCACCUUGGGAAUAAUAGCCUUAGUGGACAACUUUCAGACAUUAUUGUCAUAUUGUCUAUAUGCGCUCAAAACACAAUAGAGUAUUUGGAUAUCUCUGAUAAUCAUGGCAUCAUGGGUUCAGUGCCUGAAAAUAUUGGACAGAUGUCCAAGUUGGAGGGUAUUGAUUUUAGUGGGAAUUCUUUGGAAGGGGUUUAUGAUGAUGAAGCAUCUUUAAUAUGGAAAGGAUUGAGAGCUGAAUUUAAAAGUAAUCUAGGACUUCUAAAGACUAUUGAUCUCUCAAGCAAUAAGUUGAUUGGGGAGAUUCCUAGUGAAAUCACUUAUCUUCUUGGUUUGAUUUUCUUAAACCUGUCAAGAAACCAAUUAACAGGUCAAAUACCUUCAAGGAUUGGAAAUUGGCAAGAGUUAGAGUCUCUUGAUUUAUCAAGAAACCAGAUAAAUGGCAUAAUUCCAACAAGUCUUUCUCGGAUAGCUAGUCUUGGUAAGUUGGACUUGUCACAAAACAACUUGUUUGGAAAAAUUCCAAUAGGCACUCAGCUCCAAAGCUUUGAUUAUGCUUAUGGUGGAAAUCCUCUGCUUUUUGGAGCACCACUCCCAAAGACAUGCUCUGAGGAGGAAAAAGGUCCAGGACAACCUGUGUUGGUGAACCAAGACAGCCAAGAUGGGCUCAUAACACAAGGAUAUUACAUGAGCAUGGGGCUUGGGUUUGCUGUUGGAUUUUGGGGAGUUUGUGGCACUCUUCUACUCAACUUGUCAUGCAAAUACACAUACUUCAAUUUCUUGACCUUUUUGAACGAUUGGCUGCAUGUGAAGGCAGCAAUCAUCAGGCAAAGGAUGCUUAAUAGAUAA